UGUUUUGUGUAAUAUUAUUUCUGUUUUAAUUGUUUCGUGAUAUCAUUUAUUUAAGUGUAAUAAGUACUUGAACAAGCCCCUAAAAAAAAAAAAAAGAACAAUGAACUAUUGGUUAGCUAUUAUUAUACUAAUAGAGUUAAAAGAAUAUAAAUGUUGUGGACCAGCCGGUACGCCAGUUGAUAAGUGCACAGAAUGGAAUCAAGUAACUUUUGCUGGAAGUUUAGCUGAAAACAUGACAAUUUAUAGUACUACUGAGUUCAAAAUGUCGUCACUAUUUAAAUCUCGAAAAAUGGAAGAACAAAAAUUUGCUUUAUUGCAAUAUUAUGUUUCAUUUGGCGUGGAUUUGAUGCAACUUAAAGUUUAUGAAAUUAUAAACUAUGAGUUACAAAAGAAUUCAAGUGAACCAUUAUAUUUUUUAUUCGCCGAAUCAAGUUAUAAAGUUUCGAGGUACUAUUUUAGAACACAUAAUUAUGAAAAAGGAUUGACAUUUGUUAAAAAUGCUAUUACUAAAAUUGAACAACUCCCUGUUGAUGGUUUUUUUUGCUCUCAUAAACUUAGUAUGUGGUUAGCAUACUUGCGAGGAAGUCAAAUUGAUAUAAUGAAGAGUAUUGAAAAUAAUAAUGAGAUUAUUGACAUUAUAAAUAGUCGAAGAAGAGAUGAUUUUAACAAAGCAUUUAUGAAGUACCAACUUUUAUUAAAAGAAAGAAAUUUUAAUAGAGAUAGCCGAAUGGAGUUUUUAAUAGGAAAAGAGUAUUUAAAAGUUGUCGAUGCUCAUAUUCCAUUAAAUGAAGACUAUUUAAAACUAAAAAAAAAUUAUGCCAUUGAAACUGGAAUAGAAUGGCUAGAAAAGUAUGAAAAUAAAUUCAUAAAUCCAAGUAAUCUUAUUGAAAGUAGUUUUAUACUAGGAAAUAUAUACAUGAAACUGGAUCAAAAAAAUUACGCUAAAUAUCAUUAUCUAAAAGCUAUAAAAGAACCAGUUAAGAAUGCUGAGGACAGAGCAUUAAAUUAUGAAAUUGCAAAAACCAUAGCGAAAUUUUUUUACGGAGUUAUUAAUGACCUAGAUGAAGAAGUAGAAAAUAAUUUUAAUAGUUUUUGGGAAAUUCUGCAGUCAACUCCUGAUAAAUUUGAGCCAUCAAUUGUAAACAAUUUUGUGAGAACGGUUACUAAACAUAAUUCAAAGUAUGUUACUAAAAGCAGUGUAGAUAAAAUUACAGAUGAUAUAAUUGAUAAAGGAAUAAACGCAUUGGAAAAGAUUCAAUAUUCUCAGUCUUUAUAUGAAUAUUACAAAUGGUCUGCAGUAUUGUCGAGUGCCAAAUGCUAUAGUACGACGAAAAGUAGAGCCCACCUUGAUUUAAAAAUAAACCUAGAAGGUGCAUUAUCAAAUAAAAGUGAAUUAGAUGAUGAAAAUGAUAUUCAUUUAACUUAUUUAGUUGGAAAAUAUGCAUGUGAGGCUAGUUUGUACCCUGAUGGUAUAGAUAUUUUUUCUAGUGUUGGAUGGAAUUUCAAAAGUGAUAUAAAGAGAAAUAAAAAACUCCUAAAUAAUUGCAUUGAAGAAAUGGAGAAAUUAUAUAAUAAGAAAUCGCCUUUUUUCAAUGAAAUUGAUAAAAAUAAGCUUUUAGCUGAAGCUUAUUGGAAUAAAAAACAAUAUAAAAAAGCAAUAAAUUUACUCGAAAAAACAAUAUUUACUCUACCCGUUAUAAAUGCAGAGGACAGAUGGUAUAAUUUUUCAGCUCAGGAACUUCUUGGGUACUAUCAAGAGAAAGUAUUUACAAAAAUGAAUAUCUAUCCGAAAUACCCGUCAAAAACAUUUAAGUAUAUUAUGAAUUAGUAACUAAUUUAAUAGUACCAAUUAAUAUUCUUAUAAAGUUUAAUAAACAAAGUUUUAA